AUGGCCCUGGCAUCUCACACCCUGUGUUUUCUUUUGCUGCUGCUGCUGCUGCUGCUGGAACAAGCCUGGAAGACUGUGGGCUCUGCUGCUCAUUCUCUUUGCCUCAACCUCACUGUCACAUCUCACUCCCCACCCGGGCAGCCCUGGUGUGCAGCCCAGGGCUCAGUGGAUGGAAACCCUUUCCUUCAGUACAACUCUGACAGCCACAAGGUCACACCUCUGGGUCCCCUGGGGGAGAAGGUAAAGGCCACUGAGACAUGGACAGACUUGACCCAGACACUGGGAGAAGUGGGGAGAGAGCUCAGGAUGAUCCUGCCUGACAUCAGACUGGAGAAAACCAGGAACAAGGGUGAGUCCCCCACCCUGCAGGCCAAGCUGUCUUGUCAGCGGGAAGCACACAGAGGCACUGGUGCAUCCUGGGAGUUCAGCAUCAAUGGACAGAGGGCCCUCCGCUUUGAUGCCAUGACCGGGAAGUGGUUGGCCAUUGGCCCUGGAGCCAGCGGGGUCAGGGAGCAGUGGGAGCACAACCAGCAGCUGACAGAGUAUUUGAGGAAGAUCUCCAGGGGAGACUGCAGUCACUGGCUUCAGGAAUUCCUACCACACUGGGAAGAAAUGCUGAAGCCACAGCUGAAAUCUGAGCUCCACGAGGACAGGGCACAACCUCUACUAACCUUCACAUCCCAGGACCUGUAG